CAAAUCAUCGUCGGCUCUGUUUCUCACACGAAAACUCUCUCUCUACAAUACUAUUGUGUAUCGUUUGUGUAUAUAUACAGAGAAACCACAAACUAUUAUUCUUCACUUCUGGCUCAGUGAGCGGGCGUGCGAGAAUCAAAGUCAGAAAAUUUCAGUUACUCUCUCUCCUCUCCUCUUCACUCUCUCUUCUAGAUCGACACCCUCCAAACCUUCUUUAGUCAACCUAUUAAAGGUGUGUGAGGAUGUUGAUGAAGAUGGAUAAGUUCGACCCGGAGGAAAUCAUAGAAGAAUUCGAAGCUCUGACAAAGGAUUCCGAAAGAGUUCAGAGAGAGACCCUUGAGAAAAUAUUGAACGAAAAUGGUGGCACGGAGUACUUACAGAAAUGGGGUCUUAAUGGAAGAACCGACGCCGAAAGUUUCAAGGCUUGUGUUCCCCUUGUUACUCACAAGGAUUUGGAACCUUACAUUCAGAGAAUUGCUAAUGGUGGCGAUGGUUCCUCCAUUCUCACAGGAAAACCGAUAACAACCAUCUCAUUAAGUUCUGGUACUACUCAGGGGAAGCCCAAGUUUGUACCUUUCAAUGACGAAUUAGUAGAAUCCACAGUGCAGAUAUAUAAGACAUCUUUUGCAUUUAGAAGCAGAGAAUUUCCCAUCGGGAAUGGAAAGUCUUUGCAGUUUAUCUACAGCAGCAAGCAGUUCAAAACAAAAGGGGGACUGGCUGCGGGAACGGCUACUACAAAUUGCUUUAGCAACUCACAAUACAAGGAUAUGAUGAUGGCAAUUCUGUCCCCUUGUUGUAGCCCAGAUGAAGUAAUAUAUGGUGGUAACUUCCAACAAUCCUUGUACUGCCAUCUUCUCUGUGGACUUCUUUUCCGGGAUGAAGUCCAAAUUGUGUCCUCUACAUUUGCCCACAGCAUUAUAGGUUCCUUCAAAACCUUCGAACAAGUCUGGGAAGAACUCUGUACUGACAUCCGAGAUGGGGUCCUCAGCACCCGAGUCACUGACCAGUCCAUCCGAACAGCUAUGUCUAGGCUGCUCAAGCCAAACCCUGAAUUGGCUGAUAAGAUCUAUAAAAUAUGCUCGGGAUUAAGUAAUUGGUAUGGAUUAAUACCAGAGCUUUUUCCCAAUGCAAAGUAUGUAUAUGGGAUCAUGACUGGCUCAAUGGAACCUUAUUUGAAAAAAUUGAGGCAUUAUGCAGGGGAAUUACCUCUGUUAGCUGCAGAUUAUGGAGCUUCUGAAGGGUGGAUUGGAUCAAAUGUCAAUCCAAAAUUGCCUCCCGAGUUGGUCACUUUUGCUGUGCUUCCUAAUAUUGGAUAUUAUGAAUUCAUCCCUUUAAGCGAGUUUGUUGACGGCUUUAUGGAGCCCAAGCCUGUUGGUCUUACUGAAGUCAAGGUUGGUGAAGAGUAUGAGAUCAUUGUUACCAAUUUUGCAGGCUUUUACCGGUAUAGGUUGGGAGAUGUGGUUAAAGUUAUGGGCUUCCACAACUCAACCCCGGAACUGCAAUUUGUUUGCAGGAGAAAUCUUCUGUUUAACAUCAAUAUUGACAAGAACACAGAGAAAGAUUUACAACUAGCUGUGGAAGCAGGGAGCAAUUUGUUAGCGGAAGAAAAAUUAGAAGUGGUGGAUUUUACAAGCCUUGUUGAUUUGUCGACAGACCCUGGCCACUAUGUUAUCUUCUGGGAAGUCAGCGGUGAAGCGAGUGAGGAGGUUUUGAAGGAAUGCUGCGACUGUAUGGAUCGAUCAUUCAUCGAUGCUGGCUAUGUGAGCUCCCGCAAGGUUAAUACCAUUGGGGCACUUGAGCUCCGAGUGGUGAGGAGGGGAACCUUUCACAAGAUUCUGGAUCACUAUGUUGAAUUAGGAGCUGCUGUUAGUCAGUUUAAAACGCCGCGAUUCGUAGGGCCAAGCAAUGGCAGGGUGUUGCAGAUCCUUGGUAACAAUGUUGUUAAGAGCUACUUUAGUACUGCUUUCAAUUAAUAGGUGAGAAUUGCAGUUUACCAUAUUCUUAAUGUAAUCUAAUAAUAUGUUUUAGGUUGUUUUGCUGUAUUUAUUCUCAGUAAUAAUAUUUCAAAUGGUACAAAAACAGAUUGUGUUUUCCUCCUACUGUACCUGUCAAAUAUUUGUAUGUUUUAAUAGUUAAGCCCACCAAGGCUUGUAGAGUUCUAUGUAGGUUACAUGAAACAAGACCAGUCCAAUUUAAUAAUAUGGGUCGGAUGGUCUUUCCAAUAA